GGGCAUUCAGCGGUUCUCCCUGUGAGGGACACAGGGCUUCGCUUCCUACCCACCCACGAUUAAGGCACUGAAUGGACUCCACUCUGCCGUUGUGAGACUGCAAACAAGAUUUGCUGACAACUGUUGAGCCAUCGAUCCUGAUCCUGUUGUAAUCUUGGACCAAUCCUGAAAAUGGCGCUGGUUUUAUGUCUUCUAAUCCUCAGCUCACUGUCCCUGAAGUACACUAUUGGUGGGGAUGUGUGUGUGUCAGGUCAUGACAGUGGGCCGGUGUUUGAAGAGCAGCCAACCAGUUUAAUUUACCCAGAAGGCCUGACUGAUGGCAAGGUCACGCUCAACUGUCAGGCCAGAGCCAGCCCAGCUGCUUCGUACAGAUGGCGUGUGAAUGGUACGGAGGUCCCACUCGGCAUGGACCCUCGCUACAUACUGGUGGCGGGCAACCUGGUGAUCAGCAGCCCUCAGUCUGAUCGAGAUGCCGGGUCGUACCAAUGUCUAGCCGUCAACCGCUGUGGGACUAUCAUCAGUCAAGCCGCUAACGUCAAAUUUGGUUACCUCCAUGACUUCCCUUCAGACAACAGGAGUCCUCAGACGGCUUAUGAGGGUGUAGGGACCUUUCUGGCCUGCCAGCCCCCUCCCCACUACCCAGCGCUGUACUAUCGCUGGUACCUCAAUGAAUUUCCCAGUAUCAUCAAGCCAGACAACAGCAGGUGGUUUGUCUCUCAGAUAACAGGGAACCUUUACCUGGCCAAAGCAGAGCCUAAUGACACAGGAAACUACUUCUGUUUCACCACGAUCAACAUGGAUGUUAGCAUCAAGAGCACCUUCAGCAUGGCCAACCAGCUCACCAUGUGUGCAUCAAAUCCCAGGAAAUCUGCUCCUAGCAUCAAAGUACGCUUCCCAGCAGAGACCUAUGCCUUGGCAGGACACACCACUCAGUUGGAGUGCUUUGCUUAUGGAAAUCCAGUCCCUAAGCUGCGUUGGAGAAAGAUCGAUGGCCUGCUGCCAUCCAAGGCAGGGGCCAGUGCAGAGAGCCCUACCCUCACCCUGCCUGAGCUCUCCUUCGACGACGAAGGAGUCUAUGAGUGUGAGGCCUACAACUCAGAGGGAAGCAAUUCAUACCAGGGACGCAUCACUGUGCAGGCCCAGCCGGAAUGGCUGGAGGUGAUUACUGACUCAGCGGUGGAUAUCAGCUCAGAUCUUCAUUGGAGCUGUGUGGCGGCGGGCAAACCACGGCCCUCAAUACGCUGGCUACGCAAUGGACAGCCCCUCAGCACACAGGACCGGGUGGAGGUAAACGGGGGGCGUCUGAAGAUAAAUAACCUGACCAUAGUGGAUUCUGGGAUGUACCAGUGUGUGGCUGAGAACAAACACGGCACAAUCUACUCCAAUGCUGAGCUUAGAGUCCAAGUUCUGGCCCCAGACUUCAGGCUGAACCCCGUGCGGAAGUUGGUCCCUGCAGCCAGAGGCGGUCAGGUGAAGAUGGAGUGUCGCCCCCAGGGGGCGCCAAAGCCCACCUUGUUCUGGAGCCGCGGCACUGAGCUCCUUACCAACAGCAGCAGGGCGACUGUAACUCCAAAUGGAAUCCUUUGGAUUCAUAACAUCAGCAGGGCAGAUGAAGGGAAAUACACGUGCUUUGCUGAAAACUACCUGGGCAAAGCCAAUAGCACUGGACACUUGUCUGUGAGAGAUGCCACCAAGAUAACCCUGGCGCCUUCCAAUGCUGACAUCAACCAGGGGGAGAAUGUCACACUGCAGUGCCAUGCCUCCCAUGACCCCACCAUGGACUUGACCUUCACCUGGGCACUCAAUGGAGUUCUGCUGGACCCGGAAAACUCUGCCGGACCAUACCACCGGGUGGAAGGAAAGGAGAACAUAGGUGAUCUCUUGAUUGUGAGCGGCCAGCUAAGUCAAGCAGGGAUGUACACCUGUACAGCCCAGACUGUGGUGGACAGCGCCUCAGCUUCAGCCAAACUCGUGGUCAGAGGCCCUCCUGGACCUCCUGGGGGUUUAGUAGUGAAGAAUGUUGCUGACACAUCAAUAGAACUGAGAUGGAGUCGUGGUUAUGACAACCACAGUCCAAUCGGGAAAUACAUAAUCAUGGGCCGAUCAUCGCUCUCAUCUGAGUGGAGGAGGAUGAGGACAGCCCCUGCUAACAUAGAAGGCAAUGCCGAAUCAGCUCGUGUGAUUGGCCUUAUACCCUGGAUGGAUUAUGAGUUCCAAGUCAUUGCCAGCAACAUCCUGGGAAGUGGAGAGCCGAGUAUGCCUUCACAUACCAUUCGUACACAGCAAGCAGCACCCACAGUGGCCCCAAGUGGACUAGGAGGAGGAGGAGGUGAUCGCAACGAACUCAUUAUUACUUGGACACCUAUGGCCAGAGAAUACCAGAACGGGGACGGCUUUGGCUACAUACUGGCAUUUAGGAAGAAGGACACCCCUACGUGGACAGAGAUGCCUAUCUCCCAUGUGGAGUCUUCACGAUAUGUUUACUCCAAUCAGAGUCUUUCACCUUACUGCCCCUUCGAGGUCAAGAUAAAGGCCUACAACCGCAAGGGAGAGGGCCCCUUCAGUCAGAUUGCUAUUGUGCACUCUGCAGAGGAAGAACCCACAGUGGCACCAUCAAGUAUCAAUUCCACAGCGCUGAGUGCCUUUGAGAUCCAAGUGUCAUGGGAGCCCGUCAAAGAGCUCAGCACCAAUGGCAUCCUCAGAGGAUAUGAGAUUCGCUACUGGCGGCAGCAUGAACGGGAAGCAGCAGCAGACCGCGUGAGGACAGCGGGACUCGAAACAACAGCCCGGGUGGCAGGACUGAGGCCCAGUACUCGCUAUUACAUUGCCGUUUUGGCUUACAACAGCGCUGGCACUGGUCCCCCCUCACCACGGACGACUGUCACUACCAGAAGACCACCUCCCAAUCGUCCUCCAGGCAAUGUGUCAUGGAAGACAGAUGGCUCCUGGGUAACAGUGCGAUGGGACCACGUGAAGGCAAUGCACAAUGAGUCAGCCGUGCUUGGGUACAAAGUUCUGUAUAAGCACGAGGGCCAGACAGCUUUGAAGGUUCUGGACAAAGGGAAGACCUCGGUGAGCCUGCCACUGCCCAAAGACAAUGGCUAUGUGGUGCUGGAGAUCCGCUCCUGGGGUGAAGGGGGUGACGGGGCGGCCCACGAGACUAUUGUGUCCCGUGAUUCAGGAACUGGAAUGAUGGUCCAAAACAAAGCUGGUUCAUCACUGUGCUUCCAUGAAAUCCUCCUGGUCACCGGCACAACUCUCCUCACACUUAUCGGCCUCUUGGCUCUGUGAUUUCAAGCCAACCCUGGGACAUGAAUGUUAAAAGCUGAAUCCUAUCAGUCUUUGGAUCUUUACUGUAGGUAGACGAGGGUUGGUGACGGAGGUGGCAGGGGAAGUCUCAGCACUGAGGGGUAGGGGAGGGUGCUGGGUUCAGCCUUCUCCGUUAGUGUUAACAGCUACUGCAUUGUUUGUUUGUUUCUUUUUGAUAAGAAAAUCAAAUUGGGACAUUUUUUUUUAACGUGUCUGUGGGAAUGAAGUGGGACAGACUAACUGAUUGUGUAUUCAUGUACCAGUGUCAAUAGAGACCAUGCCUUAUGGGGACCAUGUCAUUUGUAGCUAAAGCAUCCGUUGUGACUCCCAUAGCUCCUUCGACACCGACAUCAGGUGUACAUUAUUUGAAUUAAUUGUGGGUAUAAAACCAUGUACAUACAGUCCUAUAUUUUAUAGAUAUCUCAGUCAUUCAUUCAAACGCUGAGGAACUUUUACUUGUUUUUAGGCUUGUACUUACGUCUGUAUGUUUGUUUAUUAUUUUGCCAAAGCUGUAAUUACUGAAAAACUACAGAAAAUAUCACUGGUCUGAAUAAAUGUUUACAUUUUCUAUCAUUUAUGUAUUUUAUGUU